AUGGUGCUCAAAAGCUUGAUUCGUCGUUUUUCUUCUUCUCCUUCUUCAUUCACAAAACCAGGUCAAGUGACUACAACCAUACCACAAGAUUUAGUACUUAAAGUAACCCAGCUUGAGAAAUUCCUCCAAAAUGAUUGUAAAGAAGGUAAUGUCACUCUUGAUGAAGCACGAUAUUUCUUUGAAUACAUGAUUCAUUUGCAACCAAAACCACCAAUUUCAUCAUUCAACCAGUUGUUUGGAGCACUGGCUAAGAAAAAGUUUUAUGAAGACGUUAUUUUGCUUUACAAGCGAGUGGAUUCAAUGGGGUUGUUGCCAGAUCUUUAUACUUUGAAUAUUUUGAUUAAUUGCUUUUGUAAUGUGGGUCGAGUUUGUGAUGGUUUUGUUGUUUUGGGGAGGAUUUUGAGGCGGGGUUUUAACUCAGAUGCUGUGACUUUUAAUUCUUUGAUUAAAGGUUUGUGUUUAGAGAAUAGGGGUACGGAGGCUAUGGAGUUUCUGAAGAAAACGGUUGUGUUUGGGGUUAGGCCUAACGUGAUUACAUAUGGGACCUUGAUUAACGGGUUGUGUAGAACGGGUAAUACCAGCAUUGCAUUUAGGAUACACGAAGAGAUGAUGGAUCAAGGUUUUCAGCCUAAUGUGGAGGGGAAGAUGGAGGAAGCUAUUGGGUAUUUUGAGUUAAUCAUUCAAAGGGGUUUGCAGCCUGAUGUGGUGACAUAUAAUUCACUGAUAAGUGGGCUUUGCAAGGAGGGGAAGAUGGAGGCAGCCAAUGGAUUGUUUUGUUAG